AGCAGUGGCAGUCGAAGGCACUAAUAUUUACAAUGCCAAGUGAUGACCGCACAGGCAGCAUGGCCUACUCUGGAAGCAAUUGCCUAUCAUUUUCGCGGAUGACUUGAAUGAAUGUCAGAGCUGUCAGUCACAGUUGUCCUUCAGAGUCCUCCAGUUUAUCCAUCUCAUUUACAAGGAAGAGAAAAUAGACGCACAAAGGAAGAGUGAUUUGAACAAGAUGCAGAUCUCGAAUGCAGGGUUGCCUGAGCUAUCCUCUGCUGCAAAACAUGAAGACAGUUUGUUUAGGGAUUUAUUUGAAGACUAUGAAAAGUGGGUUCGUCCUGUGGAACACCUGAGUGACAAGAUAAAAAUCAAGUUUGGCCUUGCAAUAUCUCAGUUAGUGGACGUGGAUGAGAAAAACCAGCUAAUGACCACCAACGUCUGGUUGAAGCAGGAAUGGAUAGAUGUAAAGUUAAGAUGGAAUCCUGAUGACUAUGGUGGAAUAAAAAUUAUACGUGUUCCUUCAGACUCUCUGUGGAUCCCAGACAUCGUUUUGUUUGAUAAUGCAGACGGACGUUUCGAAGGGGCCAGUACGAAAACAGUUGUCAGGUACAAUGGCACUGUCACUUGGACGCAGCCAGCAAACUACAAAAGUUCUUGCACUAUAGAUGUGACCUUUUUCCCAUUUGAUCUCCAAAAUUGCUCCAUGAAAUUCGGCUCAUGGACGUAUGAUGGAUCCCAGGUCGAUAUAAUCCUAGAGGACCAAGAUGUCGACAGAACAGACUUUUUUGACAAUGGAGAAUGGGAAAUCAUGAGCGCAAUGGGGAGCAAGGGGAACCGGACGGACAGCUGCUGCUGGUACCCCUGCAUCACCUACUCCUUCGUGAUCAAACGGCUGCCUCUCUUCUACACCCUGUUUCUUAUCAUACCCUGCAUCGGGCUCUCGUUUCUGACUGUGGUUGUCUUCUAUCUCCCUUCAAACGAAGGUGAAAAGAUUAGCCUGUGCACUUCCGUGCUGGUCUCUCUGACUGUCUUCCUGCUGGUGAUUGAGGAAAUUAUACCGUCAUCUUCCAAAGUCAUACCUCUGAUCGGGGAGUACUUGGUGUUCACCAUGAUCUUCGUGACCCUAUCCAUUAUGGUGACUGUCUUUGCCAUCAACAUCCACCACCGCUCUUCUUCCACACACAAUGCUAUGGCGCCGUGGGUUCGUAAGAUAUUUCUCCACAAGCUUCCCAAACUGCUCUGCAUGAGAAGUCAUGCCGAUAGGUACUUCACUCAGAGAGAAGAAGCCGAGAAAGACGGUGGACCUAAAUCUCGGAAUACUUUGGAGGCCGCGCUCGAUUGCAUUCGCUACAUCACGAGACACGUAGUGAAAGAGAACGACGUCCGCGAGGUUGUUGAAGAUUGGAAAUUCAUAGCCCAAGUUCUCGAUCGGAUGUUUCUAUGGACGUUUCUUCUGGUUUCAAUCAUUGGGACGCUAGGGCUUUUUGUUCCUGUUAUUUAUAAAUGGGCCAAUAUAAUAGUCCCAGUUCACAUUGGAAACACAAUUAAGUGAAACCAAGAAAUUACACUGGACUUAGUGAGCAGUCAAGCAGCUCUUAGGACACGUAUGCCAUUAUGAAAAUAUUUACAAUUUGAUAUAGGCAGUAACAGAUUAGCAGUUUCUGACAUUGGCUUAAUGUUGUCCAUUAGAACUGUAGUAAUAGCCUUGAGUACCAACACUGUCCGCCUGCACUAGUGAAGGCCUACCAUCGCAUCCUGGCAAAUCCUACUAACUUGCAACCAGUGACGAAGGGCAUCUUUGGAGUACUGGAAAAUGCAACUAUAUUUGAAGACUGUUUAAAGCUUUUCUCCCCACAUUUAGUAAAAGCAUAUAUUUGUGUGGUUUUGAAUUUUCAGAAUGGGUCUUGUUAAAUUGUCCAGGCUGGCCCUAAACCUCCUGAGUAGCUAGGACUAUGGGUGUGCUCCAUUUUGCCCUGUUCUGUAUUCAUGGAUAUAAAACACAUCAUACUUUUAUAGGAGAUAAGCCGAUUACUUGGUUUAAUAAUAACUAUUUUUGUGAAGAGACACCAUGAUCAACAACUCUUAUAAAGGAAAACAUUUAAUUGGGGCUGGCUUACUGGUUCUGAGGUUUAGUCCAUUAUUGUCAUGGCAGAAGCAUGGCAGCAUACAGGCAGACAUAAUGUUGAAGACAAGAGUUUUCUACAUCUGGAUUGGCUGGCAGCAAGAAGAGAGAGUGACCCACUGGACAUGACUUGAGCUUCUGAAACCUCAGAACCCACCUCCUGUGACACACUUUCUUCAACAAGGCCACACCUCCUCAUAGUGCUACUCCUUGGUGAUCAAGCAUUCAAUCUAUGGGUCUAUGAGAACCAUUUCUAUUCACACCACCCUUGAUAGGAUGCUAUUCUUACUGACAUUUUUAAUAUGUGAAAAAUGGUAACUAGAAACUCCUUAAGUCUACUUUAUUCUUCAUAUGGCAAUAUGGAAUGGCUUUUGUGCUAACUAACUUUGCAGCUUACUGUCCACUGAAAACAUAUAACAGGCAUCUCCUGCAGACAUUCUUUGUAAUGACUUUAUAAUCCUGCAGUGACACAUUUUUUGUAAUGACUUCAGUCGCCUUGUCCAUAUUCUUUGGUUAGGAGAGCUACUUAUUUAUCUCUGAUUUCAGAAUAAUACUGCAGUUGUACAGAUUCCCGUCUCAAAACGGGAUGUUAUGUCUCUGUCUUGGUAGUUCUGUGGAAAAAAUCAUUCUGGGCUGGAUAUGGUGUCUCAUACCUGUCAUCUCUACUUUCAGGAGGCAGGGGCAGGGGAAUUGUUGUGAGUUGUAGGUCAUCCUGGGUUACAGUAGGACACCCUGUCUCAAAAGCCAAACAAACAAAAAUUGCCCUUCUGAGUUGAUGUAAGCACACUGUCACAUCUUAUAAUGUCUCAAUCAUCUUUCACCCCAAUUAUAAUGGUCAAAUCUUAGAGCAAAACGCUUUAGAUAUAGUCUAGCUAGCCUAUUACUAGGUAUGAUAUCAGUCAGUACUGUGUAAUGUAACAUGGGUAAAGUAGUUAAACUUCAUCCCUAGUGCCCCAACUCAGCUAUAACCCAAAAGCUUGCGUUUGAUUCACAACUCUUAGUUGUAAAGUUAGCAACAUCUUUGGUUAUUAGUAAUAUAUUAUCAACAAUUUAAAUUCAGGUCAGCAUUCUUUGAAAGGCAGGAUGGACCCUGUCAAGUUUAAUUUUAUUGUGAUUAUUGUGUUUAUGACUGUUAGAAUGAGUGAAAGUCUGUACUGUAGUUUAGUAAAUGUCCCUCAAAGGCUCAUUGUUGAAAGCUUGGUCAUGGUGGUUUUGGGAGGUGGUGGGAUCUUCAGGAGUAUAGGCUCUGGCAGGGGAAAGUUAGGUCUCUAGGAGCGUGCCCUUGAGGAUAUUGAGACCCCAGCUCUUCCUUUUGCUUCCCAGACACCAUGAGGUAGGCAACUUGGCUCUGCUUUGUGUCUCCCAGUGUUAUAUACAUCUUGACACUGACCUCAAAGCAAGACCCCAUCAUGGACUAAGGCCUCUGCAAGCAUGAGCAACAACAAAGCUUUCUCUUAAUUAGCUCAAGUAUUUUCUUGAUUAUCUCAAGUGUUUUUCCCAUAAUAGCAGAAAGCUAAUAGAAUAUUAGUAUCCUGAAGUGAAAUCUCUGGUGUGACUUUUGCUGUGGAGUCUACUUCUAGUCAUUCUAGACUUUAAAAAGGUAGGAAUAGAACAAAGAGAUAAUUCUGCCCAAGUACAGCUUGGAAACCAGUGAGUUUACUGUGGCUACUUAUAGGAACAUGGAGGGAGGGGUUUUUCCAUGGAAGAAACCAUGGAAAGCCCACCUUAGCCUGGGUAACAACUUUUACAACCUGCAGGUAACAGUCCUGCAGUUUCCUCUUUCCUGUUGUUUGCUAUUUUUAUAAAUUCAGGAAUGAAUCUUGGGAGUCUGGUAAGUCCUGUGAGUUUCAUGAAUCUGGUGAGCAUCCCUCUCCCCCCUAGAAGGGAAUGUUUCAACCUGGAGGAAACAGCCACACAAAAGGGUAGUUAUUGUGAUAAUAAAUAAUGGGGUAGCUCUGAAGCCUUUGAAUUUUACCCGUAGAAAGAAUCUGGAAAGGUUUGAAGAAAUGGGAUAGAGAAAGCACUUAUUUGUAUGGGGACUUAAGACCAGACCAGACAUGCUAUUACCAAUGUUCUGGCUACCCACCAGAACUUGAGGGUAAGACUCUAUUUCUGAAUUAUCACAUACUUUCAAGUCAUGGAACAUGAAAAAAUGAAGCUGGUACUGACUUGGAAGGUUCAUCCCGACUGGACCGCUUUCAUAGUGUGGAAGGUGCUAUGUAUGCAACCAGAGGACAAAAGCAAUCACCAACUGACUGUGAACCUUAUGAACUAUACUAAUGGCUGUCUGGCAAGAUUCACCCUCUGGCCCGAUAGCAUGUGAACAUCCCAAGAGUGCCCAACCACUUUCUGAUUGAGUCUAAAUCCAUCACAAGACAAAGCUCAUACCUGGCACCAUCCAAUGGCCAAGAACCCAUGACUAGACAGGUAAUGGGCUCUUGGGGGAGAACAUAUUGCUACUAUUCUGCUAAGUGGACAUACUACUAAACUGACACCUAAUGACGAAUUGUGUUACCCUUAGAUAAAUGCAUCUCUCAGCCACUUGGCCACGGUGUAGAGCAAAAGCAACUGUAGAAUGCUCAGGCCUAAAUGAGACACAGUAUACCACACCCUUUCUUCCCAAGGCUCAGAGACCACUUCAGAAGACAGUAAAGAGUGUAAGACCCAGAGAUGUUGGAUGACUACAAGGAAUGUGUUUUCUGAAGAGCAGCUACACAUAUGAGCUCAUGGUGGUUGUGAUAACAUGCACAAGACCUGUGCAAGGCCAAGAUAUCUGAUACAAUUAGAUAAAAUCUCAUCACAAAGAGCAAAGCUGGGCGUGAAGCCCUGCUCCUAGCUGACUGACUGCUGGCAGUUGCUAGACACUAGAGAAAGAGUUAUGUUUCUCUAAGAGAGUAGCCCUGGGUAAGCUGACCACAUUCCAAUGGGAGGUCAUAUAUCCAAGAAUGCUUGGGCAACACAAAUUGGUCUUGAUAAAUGUAUUUUUUAAUUAAUCACUUUUAAAGGACACAAAGUUGAAUGAGUCAAGAAGAGAGGAUGUGUCUGGGAAGUGGUAAGAGGAGGGGAUGAGUAUGAUCAAAAUAUGUAUGAAAUUCUCAAUGAGUAAAAAUAUAUUUUAAAGGGGAAGUCAAGUGCUUGGCACCAGGUUAAUACAAUACUGUGAAGGUGCCUCAAGAAUUAUUCAGACUUGUGCCUGUGCAAGCUCAAAGAAUUCAGACAUUUUUCCUAAAUAGACCCAGGACAGCCUCCUUCCAUAAGGCAAUCUAGAAAAUGUUGCCCUGAAGCUCCUUCCUCAUCUGCAGAUACUCGGGUAGGCCAUAUAUAGCUUGUGCAAACCUGGCCAUCAUCCACAUAAUGCCGAUUUUACAGACAUGCAAAGUGAAAGAGUUGUGGAGUCCUGGAGUUUUCCACAAAGAUUUCAGAGGUUAUCAGCUCUCAAACUGGCAAUAUGUUGGAAACAAGAGUGUGAAGCUGAAUCUAAAAUGGAGACCCCAGAAAGCAAGGGGUGACAAACUGUGGAGUGCCUGCUGAGGAGAGCUGUGUGAGGUAAGUUCAGCCAGCCCUAGAGAGGCACAGGGGCUGCAUGCAGUCAGCGAGUCUGUAGGAGCAGGACUGCCUGCGCCCUUGAGAUUUCACAUACUGCCACUGUGGGCGCCAGAGGCCAGAUGUCUGCCCUGCUUAGUUUUGCUCUUGCUUUGAUCUGAUCUUUUCUACACAUCUGUGCUCCUUUGUGGAAUAGAAAUGUUUACCUAGUGUCAAUGUAUCCUGGGCAUUUAUAAUCUUUUUACAGCUUCUCUGCCGAGUUUGACAUGGACUAUGGAACAAUUCUGAAGCAGUUAAGACUUUGGGAACUCUUGCAAAAAACAAAUUAUGAAAUGGAUAUAAGUCUUUGGAAGCCAGGCCACAUUCUGAGUAAGUGCCAAAGGCCAGUGUAUCAAAGGUUUGGUCACCAGCCUACUCGGUGCUACUCAGAGGUGUGGAACCUCUAAGAAGAAAGGAGCUUGGUCAUUGGGAGUGCGUCCUUCUUGGAAAAACAGGAGCCCAGCUUCUUCCCCAUUCUUUCUGCUUCCAGGCUGCUUUGAGGUGAAUGUCAUUGAUGAAUCAGACACUUCUUACUAUGAAGUAUUGUCUCAUCACAAGCCCAAAAGGAAUAGACCACAUGAGUGGCUGUGGACUGAAACCAUGAGCCCAAAUACACAUUUCCUCCUUUAAAAUUUAUUAUCUCAGGUGCUUAACAAUAUGAGGAAACACUAAUAAAAACUAGUUUAAUGUAAA